CACAGGUUUUACCAUCGCGCCAUGCCUCGUGCACGACUCAUCUCCGCACUUCUAGGCGAUCAUCUUUUUGAAUGAAUCCUUAUUUGAUUUUCAGCAGCAGCUUUUCAUUGGCGAUUCGGAGUUUGUUGGCCAUUUGAUUACGUUUACCAUAACCUUGUUCCAUGUGAAGAAGUUUCAACUAUGGGCAUAUCCCGGAUAAAACGCCAUCCCAAGUAUUACUUGUAUGACGGUAGCGUAUCAAUUCAUUACUUUUUUGAAAGAGAGUCCGAAUAUUUCCGAGAGGCAUUCGAAACAGCUGGGCCACAGGAAGAUGGUCAUUCUGACCAGGCAGCGUUUCGACUCGAUGAUGUCACAAUUAGUGAGUUCGAGCGAUUUCUGUGGGUAUUCUACAAUCCGCAAUAUAUGUACGAUGAGAAACCCAUAGACCACUGGGUCACUAUCCUUGACCUGGCCACACGAUGGAACUUUCCAGGCGUGCGAGACCUGGCAGUCCGGCAGCUGGAAAAGCUCGACAUGAAUCCUGUUGAGCGAAUUAUAACCUAUGAUGAGUACAACCUCGACAAAUCGCUCCUCUUGCCCGCCUACAUUCUUCUGUGUAAACAACCGAGUCGCUCGGUUGAGGAUGGCAAUCGGCUCGGCAUGCCCACCGUCCUCAAGAUAAACGAGGCUCGUGAGUAUGCACAGAAGUCUGCAUCCGAGCAAGGUUGUCAUAGCCCCACAAGCGCUGAUGCUGAAGAUGAAGAACUUGUCGAGAUUCUGAAGGACGUAUUCAGUCUGAGCUAAUCACGGGCUAUCCAUAUGUAGGAUUAGGGGCUAUUGUGGGACAUGACAAUAAAAUAGAACUGUAGCUAUCCGGAGCUUGCAUCGCUGAUGAUCAACAGUCUUGCACAACAUGUGGGUCAUUAGAAUAGCGCUCAGUUAUCUUCGUUACGUUUGCAAAGGCUCAGCACGUGUUAGCACCGCCCAUCCAGAAGUUAAUCGAAUGUCGUUGUAGGCUCUCA